AUGCCCCAGCCUGUGUUGAACGCCCAGUUUCCCAAUGGAACUCGACCUCGGACUAACAGCGCUCCAUUCAAGAAAGGCAGAAAGUUGGUAUUCGAUGGUGUUCUCGUGCCUCCCUUGAAAGCGGAACGAACUCGUUCUGGUGGGGGCGUCUUAGCCGAAUCACCCUUCCCUCAACCACUUCCCGAACCUCUCACCAAUGACCCCCAUGCCGUUUCGCACGGAGCCACGUCUCACGUUGCACCUAGAGACAUGCUGGGCGAUACUGACACAAAGUCCCACCGUAGCUCCAAGAGCUCGUCCUCCAAAGGUCACAGGAACCCGGUUUCCAACACCACAGUCGUCGCGGACGGCGCGCCCCAAGUGAUAUCCUCGUCGAAAAGGACCACGGCGCCGAAACCCUCGAGCCACAAGGGCUCUCCUUCUUCUAUAUCGACGCUCAAAGGUAGCAACGGACGUAAACGCCACCCCUCGCCAGGAGAAUCCACGGAGACGGAGGUAGUCUCACUCCCCGCCUCAGCGUCCACGUCCUCUGCCAAAUCGGCGGCCACCCAGACUCCCAAGAACGCAACCAAGGCCACUCGCACGGCAACGAAGAAGCGGCAACGCCUGCUCAUCGAUGCGGCGACAGGCGAACCCAAAUCCACUGUGGCGUCUACGCGGGACCCUUUCGAUGAUGACGAAGGGGAUGUGAUCAUGAGUGAUGCUCGCGAUGAACCUUUCGAAGAUGACUUUGAGAUCGACUUCCAAAUGCUCAGGCUGGACGAAGUUACGACCCCAGCGUGGGUACCUGCAGGCACGGGUGCCCCUGCCAUGUACGUUCCGCCCGGCGCGCAAGAGUUGAUCACCAGCAUGAAGCGUUCUCUAGACAGCGUCGAGAAGGCUCGACGCAAACUGGAAGAGAGAUAUUUACAAGAAAUGCACAAGCGCAUUGCUUUGGAGAACGAGCUAGCUCGGCUUCGACGCUGUAUCACCCUGGGGUCAGUGGGGCUGAAGACUCCUCCCCCAGAAGCGCUUUGA